GGUGGCGGCGGCGGUGGUGAGGGAGACCCCGGCGGUGGAGCCCGGCCCUCGCUCUAUGCCGGCGCCUCGGCUAGAGUGAGCGGAGGCGGAGGUAACGCCUCUUCGGCUCUUCGGCUCUUUCCGUGUGGGUUGUUGAGACCGGGCCGAAGCCGGGCGACGGGGCCGGGAUGGAGGACGUGAACUCCAACGUGAACGCCGACCAGGAGGUGCGGAAGCUGCAGGAGCUGGUGAAGAAGCUGGAGAAGCAGAACGAGCAGCUGCGGAGCCGCUCGGGAGCCGUGCAGAGCAGCGCCGCCGCCGCCGCCGCCUCCCUCGCCUCCCUGGGGCCCGGCAGCCCGCUGAGGACCGCUGGGUCCACUCCGUGCGCCUCGGGCGCGGCGUCCCCUCGGGGCCUCCCCUUGGGCCUCGGCGUCAAGGCGUGCGCGGGGGUCGGCGGUGGCGGCGGAGCGGGCCCGCGGAGGACCAGUAGCGACGACCUACGGGACGCCGCCUCCUUGCUGGCGGCGGGCGAGGGCGGCUUGCUGGACGAGGUGGAGCCGCUGCGGCCCGACGAGCUGGAGCGACUGUCAGGCUGGGAGGAGGAGGAGGAGAGCUGGCUGUAUUCAUCACCAAAGAAAAAACUUACACCGAUGCAGAAAUCCGUUAGUCCGUUGGUUUGGUGCAGGCAAGUUUUGGAUUACCCAAGUCCUGAUGUUGAGUGUGCUAAAAAGUCUCUUAUCCACAAACUUGAUCAAACUAUGUCAGCUCUCAAGAGGCAGAACUUAUACAAUAAUCCUUUCAACUCUAUGAGUUACACAAGUCCUUACAGCCCAAAUGCCAGUAGCCCUUACAGCAGUGGAUUCAACUCUCCAUCCUCCACACCAGUGAGACCUCCUAUAGUCAAACAGCUUAUACUUCCUGGGAAUUCAGGUAACUUCAAAAAUUCAUCAGAUAGAAAUCCCCCACUCAGUCCUCAGUCCUCUAUAGAUAGUGAGUUAAGUGCUUCAGAAUUAGAUGAAGAUUCAAUCGGAUCUAAUUACAAGCUGAAUGAUGUAACUGACGUGCAGAUUCUAGCCCGGAUGCAGGAAGAAAGUCUCCGACAAGAAUAUGCAGCCACCACCUCCCGGCGCAGUUCCGGCUCGUCCUGCAAUUCCACACGGCGGGGCACUUUCAGUGAUCAGGAACUUGAUGCCCAGAGUCUAGACGAUGACGAUGACAACACGCACCACGCAGUGUACCCUGCCGUUAGCAGAUUCUCACCAUCACCACGCAGCUCACCCCGCCCAUCCCCUAAGCAGUCACCCAGAAACUCACCACGCUCUCGCUCUCCUGCUCGGGGAAUAGAAUACAGUAGAGUGUCCCCCCAGCCCAUGAUCAGCCGCUUACAGCAACCUCGCCUUUCACUGCAAGGCCAUCCCACAGACUUACAGACAAGCAGCGUGAAAAAUGAAGAAAAACUAAGGCGCAGUCUUCCAAAUCUGUCCCGAACAUCUACGACGCAAGUUGACUCAGUGAAAAGCAGCAGAAGUGAUUCAAAUUUUCAAGUGCCAAAUGGAGGAAUACCUCGCAUGCAGCCUCAGGCUUCAGCCACUUCGCAAAGGCUGAAAAAUUUGCCUCGUACUUCCCUCAAAGCCAAACAGUUGCUUCAAACUUCAUCAACCAAAAGAGUACCUUCUCCUGGCAAGUUCCGCUCCCCUGCAGCACCGUCUCCCUUGGCUCUCCGGCAGCCAGUGAAGGCAUUCAGUAACCACGGCUCCAGCUCUCCUGGCAGCCAAGAAACUACCCAGUGCACACAAGCCACCUCCUCACCUGGGCCUCCCAUGGUUCCAAACGCAGUUCCCGCAAAUCCUUCCAGCAGCAUCAACAGCACUACGCUAACCAGACCGGCAGGGACAACCGCAAUGAGGAGUGGCUUGCCCAGACCCAGUGCCCCUUCUGCUGGGGGUAUUCCAGUGCCUCGCAGCAAACUUGCACAGCCUGUCCGCAGAUCCUUGCCAGCUCCUAAAACCUAUGGUAGCAUGAAAGAUGACAGUUGGAAAGAUGGCUGUUACUGACAAGCAAAGACAGGAACGCAGAGGUGUGCAGCUUCACGGACGCCCCUCGCCAGGCUGUAAGACCCCUUCUAUAUGCAGAUUCUUCAGGACUUCCCUGGCCCAGCCCUCUCUGUCCUGAUGAGCACAACCGACAGAGACUGUCCAGCAGCACUUGAAUAACACUUAACACCAGAUGUGUUUGGUGAUCACACAGUCACGGUCCAUGGAGUCACUCAGUUACGUUUCAUAGAAACACGGUUAUUUUUUUUCUAAUUACUAUUUGACAGAGGCCAAUAUCUGGGCAAAUACCUAACAAAUGCCAAAGAGAAAUGCUCACGUGUAAAUGAGAGUCCACAAGAAGAUGGUGAAUCCAGGCUGUCCAGAACUUCACGUAUAACCUACUUACUGUACAAAUAGUGUCAAUAAAUAUUUGUGUUCAUGAGAACUAAUAUUCUGACUAAUUAAGGUGUUUCACUAGUACUCCAAAAUACUGUAGAUUAAGAUUGGGAGGGGGGAGGAGGAAGCCUGGGCUGGAUUGUUAAAACAUGCUACCUACAUUUAGGAGAGUUCUUAAAAUCAUUUUUUUCAGACUCAUUGGAAAAACAAUCUGUGUUCAGUCUUAAGUUUAAGUCAUAGCCCAACUAUCACCACCACCAGACUGUGUCACCGUGUGUACCCGUUGUUGCAUCAACACAUCACACUUACAUGUGUUUGUUUUGAUUGCCAAAAGGGCUUAAUAUCAUGUACAAUCUUUCUAAACUUUACUGGCUCAGGAAAGAUGGCCUUUGCUGUUGAAGCCAACUUCACAUGCUGUUUUAUGUCACAGAACUAAAAGAUCUUGUUUCCAUGAGCUGGUCCCGUGAUGGAAAGGAGCACACAGCAUGUCUUUAUUCUUGAUACCACACACCUCAGUGCUUACAACCUGAAGCCGACCCAUGCAGAGAGGGAGAAGGGGGAAAUCUAUGCACUUAACGUACAAACUCUGGUGACGACAAUUGUAUUGUUGCUAUUAAGUGGCAUAUCUGUCUGUUACAUGGUAGGAAAGUCUAGCCUGCUAAAUCCUACAUAAGUCGAUCUGCUUUAAACCAAGUACCUAUAUAAAGGACCUUUAAAAAAAAUUCUGUCCCUUUUGACUUGGAUUCUGCCUUAUAUCAAUUUUUGCAUCUUUGAUAAUAGACCAUCUGACUCUAAAGUGUUAAAUACUUGCUCUCUAACAGUUCAUACAUACAUAUAUAUAUCCUUGAGAUCACCUAUUUUGGUUUUACCAGAUUAUUACCAAACCAAGACAUCUUUGAUACCAGGCUUCUCAUUUUUGAUAGUGAAGUCUGUUUUUCAAAUAUUUAAUUUGAACAGCUCUAAAAUAUUGGCAGUUGGGUCACGUAAAGACUUUAGGGAUUUAAACAUUAUUUCCUAUUAAAGGAUUCUGCAAGUUGGCAAAAGAAAUUGGGAAGAAAUGGAAGGCUUCCUGUUCAGGGCGGCGCUGAGGUUGGUAGGAUGGGAGACUGGGAAUGCUGCAGCGUGGCAGACCCCAUUCCGGCCGGACCCUCCGGGAGGCUCUCGGUGAGCGGCCUCCACGGACCGCAGCUGCCGGCGCUGCAGUGCGAGGGAAAGCGGCUCUGAGGUGGGAAGGUGGUGAGGUGGGGCUGGAAAGGGCGGUGCCAGACUUCUGCAUAAAGAUGAGUUGUAAACGAUGCUCUUCAGAGGAAGAGGAAGCAUCUGUUUUGGUGGGGCGUACCUCAUGUCCAUGUCAGUGAGGAGCAAAAAGAAGUAGCCACUGUCUCUUCAACACCAGUGCACCCCAACAAGCAGGUCUCAGCUUCAGUGUGCUAUUUCGGGAGAUAAAUGCUGCAUUAUGAUAAUUAAAAGGAAUUUUAAUGAACCAUCUACUACAUUUUUUAAGUUAGAUAAUCAGUUUCAGAAGGAGUAUUCAGGUUAUUUUAACUUUGUUUUUGAAAAUGGCUGCAUCAGAAAAAAUAUCUAUUUUUUUUAAUUAAACUGUUUCAUCACUUGUUAAAAAUGUAUUUUGGAUUUGCUGAGUUUGGUAACAUUGUUUUACCUACUGUUGUACUGCCACAGCUUAUAGACUUUUAGUUUCCUAAAGAGAAAAAUUACCUUUUUACUACAAAGCCUUUGUGUAUGGCCAGUUUUUCUGUUUGGGAAAACUUAAAGAUUUACUGUGGUUAGUCCUACAGAAGAAAUGUGGAUUUGAUAAACUAGUGCCUAUGAUUUUAACUUAUGUUUGAUAUUUAGUAGUAGGUUUAUGAAUGUUGAUUAUUUUAUGCCAACAGCCCAGAAUUGUCACUUAUAUGUAAGCAGAAAGCUAUAACUCUGCUUCCAAAGUUAUUUAAUUUUUUCAGUGUUUGAAUGUUAUUUUUUGUAAGUGUGUUAAUAAAAGUGUAAAGAGUUGGAAAAAUAUAAAUAUUCUUAACUCAAGCAUUUGCUGAAUCAUUUUUCUACAGAACUUGUUUGUAUAAUAUAAACUACUCUCUGAAGGGUUGGCUUUUUUUCAGUUUUCAUACCCUGGAAAUCACAUUUUGUAAAACUGGGGACCAUUCAUAAUUGUCAGAUACUUUUUUAAAUUAUCUCAAUACAUCACUUUUAUAAGAAAAAGUUUUUUUGAAAGAAAAUUGAAUACAUAUGUGGCCCCGGGUGUUUGUAUAACUCUAGAAUGAUCUAGACAUUGUGUGUUUUGAUUGACUUUUCAUUCACUGUACAGGUGUCCAUUUUGGCAGGAUGCAUGGUCUUUUAGAUCACAUGAAGUUGGAUUUGCAAACAUUUCUAUAGCCAAACUUGUAUAUGUGGUUGCCUCCUUAAUAAACAGCCUGACCAUAA